GGGUUGCAUUGCACUAUGUUUAACAUAGUCUAUAUUUCAGUAUAGAGUCGGCCGGUUCCCAGCUUUGUUAUUUUCCGCACGAGCUAACCCCCUUGGAAAGGAGUAAACUAAGAGAUAGCAUUUGCUGUUGAUGGACAAUGGGGUGCGUGGUCUGCAGCCGGUAGAUGUAGUGUCUCAUGCGGAAAAGGCGCUGUCAUGAAAACCAGGUUGUGUGACAGUCCCGCACCCAUGAACGGCGGUAAACCAUGCGAGGGCAAGGCCACUGAGGCAACCGCCUGUAAGCAGAAUCCGUGCAAGGCCGAGAGCAACUCCUACAGUGCCGACUAUAAGAACAAAUGCCCCACGAACUACUUAACGUGCGCUAGCGGAAAAAUCACAUGCAUUGACAAGAACUUCCUCUGUGACUCUGUGACGACUCGAGUGACGAGCAACCGAAAUGGGCCGGAUGUGAGAUACUCUGUGCCAAGAACGGGGCUGAAGGUCAAAGCUGUCUCACAGGGAUGAUAAUGCUGACCGGUCUGCUGGCUUCCAUAUUUUCCCAGUACAUAUAAAUGGUGGAAUUAUUGGAUGCAGCUUCAAAUGUUAAGACCAAAGAAUGUUUAAGACUAUCAUGGUUUGCGUUAUUAUAUAUCUCAUAUCAAAAUUUCGUUUCGGUUUUUUAAAUUGAUAUCUUACUGUGAGUGUUGGAAUUGUCGUGUUUUAUUGAAUAAUCUAAACUGUUUUCUUUCUCAUUCACAAUACUUGUGUUUAUAAAGAAAGUGCUUGGAGAGAUCACUGAAAGUUGUCCUGAAAGUUGAACGACAUGUUUAUAACCGACAAUAAGACCAAUAAUAUAGUUAUGCACAAUUUUUUCAUAACAUACACGUUCAAAAUCAAAAAGAAGAGUAUAUAUUUUUUUGUAAAAAUAUUCUUUGCGCAUGUGAGAUUAAAACACAUCGGGAAAAGUAGCAAUUUGUUUUAUAAAUCAUAGAAACUGUAAUGUUUUACUAAAGCGCUUUAAAACGCGAAAAAGAACAUCUACAUCAACCAAAUAUUAGGUUAAUAUUGGUUCGUCCUUUUAAAGAAAUUGAGCAUCCGUUUCAAGGUGUAUCUACUGUAAUUUCUUAUGUUGUAAAACAUUUCUUUCGCAAAAUGCGUGUCCUAUUGCUGAGAUUUGUUUGGCUAAUUUUGUCAUAUGUAAGGUUUUGUUAUGCCCUAAUUGUUAUGUAUAUUGUUAUCGUUGUUUUUUGUUUUGUUCGUUUUGUUAUUAAUGUAGUUAACUAUCGUUAAAUAUAAAUAAGCUUGUAUUCUUCUUUUAAUUUAUGUAACAUUUUACCAAAGCAAAUACAUGUUAUGUGUGUUUUUUAUUUACUAGUACCACAUUAUAUAAAUGUAAGUAAGCAACAUUAACAAGGCAAUCCUAAGGAAACCGAUAUCCCAUAGUGUUCACUGUGACAUUCUAGUGUGAACUGGACAUUGGGGCUUGACUGCAUCGUUGCGACAAUAUGAUAAACAAGGGUUCAGGCAUGAAACUGUAUGCGAAGAUUCAACCUUGAAGUUGGACCGUUACCUAUAGUUGGUCUUAAUGAACUAGCAAUACAACAUUUGAGCCAAGUUUAAUGGCAAUCCUUUAAAUGCAAUAGCGGAUGAGGUGGAUACGAACCAUAGGCAUGAGAAUAAAACCUUACCAUAGCAACUUUUAAUGUCCUUGACUUUUAUCUGUCACGAAUCACACAUGUAUUCUUCCCGCCGUUAUUCCUAUAUUUCGAAUCGAUGUAAACCUUAACUGUGUAUAAUAAAUGAACU